AUGUCUUCUGAGCAGACAUUCCCUGAAUCCGACCUUCGCUGCGCUGCUCAGGACUACAAGCGCGAUGCAGACAAGAAGGCCAAAUGGGCCAUGGGCGCUGUCUCCAUGGACGAUCAAGGCGAUAAAGUUGUGCCCUUGAAGGANGGGAAGACCCAGUCCUACCGUCACGCCGAGAAAAGCGGCCUCUUCUGCGCCGUCUAUGUCCCCUACAAAGCAAAGGUUGCUCGCAAGCGAGACAUGCUCGCCGACGCCGAUGAGUACGCCGUCAGCUCCGAAGACAGUAGCAGCAGUACCUCUGGCGACGAGGCCACGAAUCCGACCGAGAUCCUCUACGGCUUUGACUCGCCCCGUGUCCCUUCCCACGGAAGCCAAAUCUUGAACACUGCCCUCGCAAAGGCCAUCGAGCAGUAUGAAGACAAGGAGACCGUCAAGCUUGUGCGCAACGAGUAUGACAUCCUUGAUGCCGAUGAAGAGGAGGCUCGUAACCUUGGACACGUCUCUGCCAAGCCUAAGCUCAUGGACGCUGAGGAUGCAGAGUACGAGUUCGUUUGA